AUGGCAUUCGAAAACUUCGGUUUUAACUCAAUAUCGUCCUUGCUUGAAACUAUUCAGCAACACAUUGCUGAAAUUGAUGCGAAAAACGAAGAGCUUGAAGAAAAGAUAUCGGAGUUUGAGCAACGCGCCAGAUUGGAUGUACCGAAUAACCAAGAAACACAGGAAAACAUGCAGCAAAAUCAGUCGGAUGGUAGUAAUUCGGAUGAAGAAAUUGAAGAAUUCCUGCGUGAGUUGUACGCAUUUAACGGCGAAGCGGAGGCGAACGGAUUAGCACCAGCGGAUGCAGCGGAUGCAGUGGAUGCAGCUAAUGCAGUGGAUGCAGCGAAUGAAGUGGAUGCAGCUAAUGCAGUGGAUGCAGCUAAUGCAGUGGAUGCAGCUAAUGCAGCGGAUGCACAAAAUCAUCAGUAG